UAACCUCUCUAUCCUCUCCGUCCCUCGCCGUUUAAACGUCGCCAUCAGGCCCACUGCUCCAUCAAGCGACAGAGUCACUGAGUGAGAAACUAGUGAAGAGGGAAAGUUCUAAAGAGUGAAGCUUUCGGACAUUCUGAGCUUGCUUCUUCUUCUUCCUCGAAAGGAAACCGUAAGCUCUUCGGAUUUGGUUUCUCUGCGGAAACCUAGAGAGAGGGAUAGUGAGAGGGAAAUGGGAGGGUCUUCACUGUCGGGUUUGCAGGAACACCUGAAACUGGCGAGGGAGUACGCCCUGGAAGGAGUCUAUGACACCUCCAUUAUCUUCUUCGACGGCGCCAUUGCUCAGAUCAACAAGCACCUAAACACUCUUGAUGACCCUUUAGUUCGUGCAAAAUGGAUGAAUGUCAAAAAAGCCCUUUCCGAGGAAACGGAAGUUGUUAAGCAAUUAGAUGCAGAGAGGAAGGCAUUCAAGGAAAGUCCCGCGGGCCGACGCACUUCUUCACCGCCAAUAAAUGCUAAAUCUUCAUUUGUUUUUCAACCGUUGGAUGAGUACCCAACUUCCUCAGGCGGUGCUAUGGAUGAUCCUGAUGUAUGGCAGCCACCUAAUCGGGAUCCUACGAGUAGAAGACCAGCAAGGGCUGGUCAAGUGGGCAUGAGGAAGUCGCCACAAGAUGGGACUUGGGCUCGCGGUUCUACUAAAACUAAUACAACUGGCCGAGCUCCAAAGGCUGGUGGUUCAAGCAGGGUUAAUUCAGGUGUUCGAGCAUCAACUACUGGAAAGAAAGGCCCUGGUUCUGGUAAAUCUAGUAAGGGAGAUGCGGCGAAUGGUGAUGCUGAAGAUGGAAAGUCAAAGAAGGGACAAUAUGAGGGGCCUGAUCCUGACUUGGCUGCAAUGCUUGAAAGGGACGUGUUGGAAACCAGUCCCGGAGUAAGAUGGGAUGAUGUUGCUGGGCUUAGUGAAGCAAAAAGACUGCUAGAAGAAGCUGUUGUGCUUCCUCUAUGGAUGCCUGAGUAUUUCCAGGGAAUUAGAAGACCCUGGAAAGGUGUCCUCAUGUUUGGUCCUCCAGGAACUGGGAAGACACUACUAGCUAAGGCGGUGGCUACAGAGUGUGGCACCACAUUUUUCAAUGUUUCCUCAGCUACAUUAGCUUCUAAGUGGCGUGGGGAGAGUGAGCGCAUGGUGCGGUGCUUGUUUGAUCUUGCUAGAGCAUAUGCGCCUAGUACUAUUUUCAUUGAUGAGAUUGAUUCUCUCUGCAAUGCUCGAGGGGCAUCAGGGGAGCAUGAAUCAUCCAGAAGAGUAAAGUCUGAACUCCUAGUUCAGGUGGAUGGCGUAAACAAUAGUUCCACAGGAGAAGAUGGUGCCCGUAAAAUAGUGAUGGUUUUGGCAGCUACUAACUUUCCAUGGGACAUAGAUGAGGCGUUGAGGAGGCGGCUGGAAAAGCGUAUUUACAUUCCUCUUCCAAAUUUUGAGAGCCGGAAGGAGCUUAUUCGGAUCAAUUUGAAAACUGUUGAGGUCGCUCCUGAUGUAAAUAUUGAUGAAGUGGCUCACCGAACAGAUGGUUACAGUGGAGAUGAUCUAACAAAUGUUUGUCGGGAUGCUUCCUUGAAUGGCAUGAGGCGAAAAAUAGCUGGAAAAACACGUGAUGAGAUUAAGAACAUGCCGAAGGACGAGAUUUCAAAUGACCCUGUUGCCAUGUGCGACUUUGAAGAAGCCUUAGGGAAGGUCCAACGAAGUGUUUCUGCGGCUGACAUAGAAAAGCAUGAGAAAUGGUUUACAGAAUUUGGGUCAGCAUAAACAGGAUCAUGCCAUACUGAAGGUAAUAGAUCGUCUUCCUAACCAGUCAGUUUACUUAACUGGCGAUUGUCUUCUGAGUGUUCCAUGUUGUGUUUCUCCGGCAGCUGAUCAAUUGUAGUCCCAAGUGUUGGAAAUGUAUCCAAAAUGUAUCCAAUUGUUGUGUUAAUUUUGUGUCUGUAAUCUCUCAACCUAAUGUAGCGUGAACAUUAUCGCAGAAGCCUUGUUUAUUCACUUGACUUGCGGCAA